AUGGAUCGAAAGGAGGCCCUUGUUAAGGAGACCAUUCAACUGAAGAGAAUAACUCUCUCUGGUCUGCCUAAGCUCAAACACAUAUGGAAACAAAACUUUGAAGAAAUUGUCAGCUUUAGAGAAACAACAGAAAGUCACGCCCGACAUCACCAUCCAGAAUGUUCCGUUCAACAGGUACGUUUCCCCAACUCGGAAAAAAUGAUAAUAGAAGGCAUGCCAGAGCUGAACACGAUAUGGCACCCCUGCUUCGCCUCAAACUGCUUUGACGGUCUUAAGACGAUGGAAGUCUCAGAGUGUGACAAACUUGAGAGCAUAUUUCCAUCAUAUAUGCAGAGAGCAUUUGCAAGUCUGGAGGCAUUGAUGGUUAGUGAUUGUAAGUCAGUACAAGUCAUAUUUGAUUUUGAAUUCAGCUCCCAAAUGGGCAGUGCAGAGGAGACGGCACGACUACAGAAACUAACUCUGCUUCGGCUACCAAAGCUGAAGCAGAUUUGGAGCAGGAAUGCUGAAGCAAACCUUCGUUUCCUUAAUUUGCAACUUGUAGAUGUUGAUGACUGUGACAACUUGGAAUACCUUUUUCCACUCUCCAUUGCAACGCAAGCUACUCGACUUGAACGUAUUACCAUAAAGAAUGCAGGGAGGAUGAAAGUAAUUGUUUCAGGCAAAGAAGGCCUCAUGGACAGUCCUAUUAAAUUUGAGUUUAAUCACUUGACCUCAUUGGUGCUUUGGAAUUUAUAUGAACUGGAGGGAUUUUUUGCUGGAAGUCAUAGUGUACGAUGUCCAGUAUUAAGCAAAUUAGAUGUCCGCCUUUGUGCAAAAUUGAAGCUCUUCAAGACUCAAAGUACAAGUGGCCAAGAAAGAGCUUCUGACGCUAAACUCCAAAUCUCAACGCAGCAGCCUCUUUUCACACUUGAAAAGGUGAUUUACAACUUGGAGAGCUUGGCGCUAAAUAGUGAGGAUGCAGGCAUGAUAUUACAAGGGCAAUUUUCAGGGGAACACUUCAGCAAACUCAAAUUUCUUUGUUUGGCAAAUUUUUACGAUGGCCAUGUUAUUUUUCCGUAUUGGUUUCUCCAAAACGUCACCGCUCUUGACUGGCUAGUUGUUGAAUGGAGUUCUUUCAAGGAGAUAUUCCAAGAAGAAAUGCCUAAAGAUCACGGAGGAAAAUUUAAAACUGGAACACGACUUAAAAGUUUGACACUCUCUAAUUUACAUGAACUCCAGCAUAUAUGUAAAGAAGGAUUUCAAAUAGACCCAGUUCUUGAGGAUCUUGAAAGCUUAUGGAUCGAUUGUUGUUCCGAUUUGAAACACUUAGUGCCUUCCUCCGUAACUUUUAGUCAGUUGACAUAUCUGGAAGUAAAAAAUUGCAAUGGAUUGAUUCACUUGAUUACCUCAUCAACCGCAAGAAGUCUGGUCAAAUUAUCAACAUUGAAAAUAAAGAACUGCAAUUCACUUGAGCAAAUUGUGGUGGCAGAAGAGGCGGAGGGGUCUGAAGAUGAAAUUGCAUUUGGCAGCUUACAAAUUUUGGAGCUUGAGUGUCUGCCGAUGAUCAAAAGGUUUUGCUUCUCCAAUUACUUCUUAAAAUUUCCGUUGUUAAAAGAAGUGGUCAUUGAGCAAUGCCCAAGAAUGAACACCUUCUCAGCUGGGAGAGACACAAGCACACCAAAGCUUCGAAAUAUAUCAUCAAAAGAAGAAGAUGGAAACGUGUAUUGGGAAGGUGAUCUGAAUAAGACAAUAAACAAGAUGUUUACGGACAAGGUGGCAUUUAGUAGGUUCAGUCUUUUGGAAUUUUCUGUAUAUCCAGAACUGAAAGAACUAUGGUAUGGCCAAGAUGGGCCAAAUAUAUUCCGCAAUUUGAAGCAUCUGGUGGUGCGAAAAUGUACCUUCUUGUCCAACGUGAUUUUUUCAUCAAAUUUACUGCGAUUGAUAUAUGCAUUAGAGGAACUGGAAGUAUCAGAGUGUGAUUCAUUAGAAGUGGUAUUUGAUGUAAAUGCAUUGGAUGAGAAUGCAAAAGAAUCAAAGGAAGUUAGUCGGUUGAAGAAAUUAACACUCUCGGCGCUUCCAAAUUUGAAAUGCAUAUGGAACAGAGAAGCAGGAGAAAUAAUCAGCUUUGAAAAUUUACAAAUGGUGAAAGUUGAUAAAUGCCAACACUUGAAAUGUUUGUUUUCGGUCUCACUAUGCCAAGAUUUGAGGCGACUUGAAGAGCUUCACAUUGAGUCUUGUGGUGUUGAGGAAAUUGUUUCAAUUGAAGAAGGAUUAGAGGAACUCAAGUUUGAUUUUCCUCGGUUAACAAUCUUGGAGCUAUGGGAUCUGACACAUCUCACUAAUUUUUAUCCAAAAAGGUAUACUUUAGAGUGUCCUUCGUUGGAAUGGUUAAAUGUUCGUGGAUGCGAAGAAUUGCAAAUAUUUGCAUUUGACCAUUUGAAUUCCCAACCGCUUAGGGAGGGUGACAAUGAGUCGCAAAUUGAACAAGCUUUGUUUCAUAUUGAAAAGGUUAAGAAGAUUGGCACCACCUUCGACAUCUUUCGCAAGCUUAACCACCUUGGAAGUAAAGGAUUGCAAUGA